AUGCUGUGUACAUUUUUACUUUUGAAUUCACUAUCAUUUUUCUCUUUUCUAGAUACAACAUCGACUUACAGAACUCGUAGAUUUGAUGAAACUAAUGCUGGUGAAGUUACUGCAGCCAUACUUACAUUUCUUAUUUUAGUAGUGGUGACUUGUAUAAUAAUAUGUCUAGUAGGUAAAGUAUGUCAGGAUAAUCGUGACACUGAAGAGGUUGUAACGACACCGCGGCCGAGAAGAAGAUCGUUCGAUACACUGUAUCAUAAUUCACCACCUAUACAACCACAAAGUUUAAUCAGAGACACACCACUAAGAAAUUCAACAGUUCCAAUACAAUUGCAACCAUCACAAAAUAAUAAUUCUAAUACUGACAGAACAACAACUUCAGUUCAACAACAAACUUUAAAUUUGCCGCCAGCAUAUGAUAGCGUGGUAGAAGAAAGUGGGGUAAUAAUUAUAAUGCAACAACAGUCUUUACUACCUCCAACCUACGACGCUUUUAUGCAACAAAACAGUGAAAGAGAAGAAACUGAUUCAUAG